AUGCAAGAACUCACUUGUACAUUCCUUUCACGUUCCAUCGUCCCGACCACUUCUCCGCGACUUAGACUGCGACCACGGUCAGUAGUUCCGAUGACCGUUUGCAUGGACCAACCAAACAAGGAGAAAGUGGUUGUCAUAAUGGGAGCUACCGGAACAGGCAAGUCACGUCUCUCGGUCGAUCUUGCAACCCGUUUCUCCGGGGAGAUCAUCAACUCUGACAAAAUGCAAGUCUACAACGCAUUGGAGAUUGCUACGAAUCAAAUCACAAUCCCUGAGCGAUGCAAAGUCCCUCACCAUCUACUCGGCGAGCUUCCUGCGGAUGAUCGCGACCUAACUGCAUCAGAAUUCCGCUCUUUGGCGUCACGGUUGAUCUCUGAGAUAGCCUCUCGUGGGAAGCUCCCGAUAGUAGCCGGUGGAUCAAACUCCUUCGUCCAUGCUCUCCUUGUCGACAGCUACAACCCGCAAACCAAUCCAUUCGUUUCUGGAUCGUUUCUUUCUUCCGAUUUGAGGUACGAUUGCUGCUUCCUGUGGGUGGAUGUCUCGGUCUCGGUUCUGCACCACUACCUCUCAAAACGUGUAGACCAGAUGAUGGAGUCAGGGAUGUUUGAGGAGCUCGCCGGUUUCUACAACCCUAGAGAUUCCCGAGUUACCGGGAUUUACAAGGCCAUAGGAGUACCGGAGUUUGACCGGUACUUCGGAGUCUACCCGCCGGAGGAUAACGACAACAUGUGCGAGUGGGACCCAGCGAGAAAGGCGUCGUACGAGGAAGCAGUGCAGGAGAUCAAAGAGAACACGUGGGUUCUUGCGAAGAAGCAGAUAGAGAGGAUCAUGAGGCUGAGAAGCAGCGGUUGGGAGAUUCAUAGGUUGGACGCUACUUCGUCGAUUAAGGCAUCGUCGAGAGAGGUUUGGGAGAAGAGCGUUUUGGAGGAAAGUGUCAAGAUUGUCAAACGCUUCUUGCUCGAACAAUAA